CCCUGUCGCUGGGGAUAAUCAGUGCACAGUGGCUUGGAAGAAACCUUAAAAAAAUACUAAAUUCUGCUUUUUUCUUUUUUUUUUUUUGCAUUCCAGUUUGUUGUUGCCAGGACAACAAAGCUGAAUUUAGAAAACGUGUAAGCGAGAAUGACACGAGAGGAGGAGCUACAAGGCUGGGUGGGAGCUAACGAGUUCUAUGACAAAUAUGAACCAAAGGAGAUCCUCGGGAGAGGGGUGAGCAGCGUUGUGCGCCGCUGCAUUAAUAAGAAAACAAACCAGGACUACGCUGUGAAAAUCAUCGACGUUUCAUCAGAGAAGCUGACCUCCCAGGAGAUAGAGGAGAUCUGCGAUUCCACUGCCAAGGAAAUAGACAUCCUGAAGAAAGUCUACGGGCAGUUGAACAUUAUUCAGCUGAAUGAUUGCUACGAGUCGAAAGUCUUCUUUUUCCUGGUGUUUGACUUAAUGAAGAGAGGAGAACUCUUUGACUACCUCACUGAAAAAGUAACCUUAAGCGAGAAGGAAACCAGAAAUAUAAUGCGUGCCCUGCUAGAAGUGGUCCAAUUCCUGCAUUCCCAGGACAUCGUUCACCGGGAUCUGAAGCCAGAAAAUAUCCUACUGGACGACGACAUGAACAUCAAACUGACCGACUUCGGCUUCGCUUGCCAGCUGGAGUCAGGACAGAAGCUCAAAGAGAUAUGUGGAACCCCAGGGUACUUGGCACCGGAAAUCAUUCAGUGCUCCAUGGAUGAGAACCACCCGGGAUAUGGAAAGGAAGUAGAUCUAUGGAGUUCUGGGGUGAUUAUGUACACCCUGCUGGCUGGGUCCCCCCCGUUCUGGCACAGGAAACAGAUGCUGAUGCUGAGGAUGAUUCUGAGUGGCAGCUACGACUACAGCUCGCCAGAGUGGGAUGACCGAUCGGACACCGUCAAAGAUCUGAUCUCUCGGAUGCUGGAGGUGAACCCCAAGAAGCGAUUCACAGCGACCGAAGCCUUGGCCCAUCCCUUUUUCCAGCAGUACGUCGUGCAGGAAGUGAGGCACUUCAGUCCCUACAGGAAGUUCAAGGUCAUCUGCACCACUGUACUUGCUAUGGUUCGUAUUUACUCCUCCUAUCGGCGUGUGAGGCCCGUCACCAAGGAGGUCAUAAUGAGAGACCCGUACGCGAUCAAGCCCAUACGCAAGCUGAUUGACGGCUGUGCCUUCAAGAUUUACGGACACUGGGUCAAGAAAGGCCAGGCUCAGAACAGGGCUGCCUUAUUCGAGAACACCGCCAAGGCAAUACUGCUGUCUUUGGCAGCAGAGCCAGAACAAUUAUAUUAGUAAAUUAAAGCCAACUAAUAAACCAUUUGUUAAAUGGCUGUAGUUUUUAAAGCUAUGGGCUCAUUUCAAGAAAAUAUACAAAUAAGUACAAAUGAGUUUCUUAUCUUUGGAAGACAAUUUCUUAGUUCCAGAUGCAUGGUUCAGGAAACAAAGACAAAUUCAUAAAUGAAAUAGAAAACUGAAACUUAAACAUACACACUUCUAGAAUGUACUGACUAUGAGCCAAUAAAAAUAACAAUUGCAUCCCGCUUAAUAUCUACACAUUCUAAGUACAAACAAGUGCGCUGCAUUUUUAAGUGUGCAAAGUUUCAUACACAGAUGUGAGCGCAGACAGAUAUUAAGGCAUGUGGCUGGAUCAGGAAUGUUCAAUGAAUGUAUUUAUUGCACUGCCAUGUACAUUAUUGUAAACAGCGACUGUUUUUAUUAGUUUGGAAAGAAAAACUGUAUGUGAUCAGCCUUGUCUUACUAGAGUGUAUAUGUAUCAUAGCAUGUGUGCUUCAAAGUACUGGCCUUGCUUGUAUUUCUGCUAGAACCAGACUAUCAUGAAUCAGCUAGGAUUGUGCUGGGUCUAUGGAAUUUUGUUGAGCAAUGGCACAGCUGAGCAUUCAGCUAGUUUAUGUUUUUGGUGUCUCAAUGUAAGUUAUUACACUGUAAUUGUAGUACGUUGUCUUAUUUAUUCAUUUAUAUCUUGAAUGCGCAGUUUGCUUUUUUGAAUGGCGCUUGUGUUUGGAUAGGCCUGUUACUACAGUGUAGUAACCUUAUUUAAAGUUAAAUUCGAAUUCCUAACUUGGCCAAUACAUUAUUAGCAUUAUGACACUCUUGUGUGAUCCGAUUACUGAUACAAAUCCUAGAGUGACACACCCUGCAUGCUCUCAGCGGUUAUACCUUCUUGGUAAGCAAUUACAUUUCAUUAUUAUCGGUUCUGUAACUCUGUUCAGUAUAUGACACUGUGGCUUUAAAAAUCCAACUCAGCCUGUCUUAUAUGUAGAAUUAAACAAAAAAAGUUUA